AUGCAUAAUCUUGGCACCGGGGAGUGCAGGUAUUCCGCCGUGAACUACCGUUUGGAGAAUACCCAGCCACGGAGGCCGACUUCUUUACUCCCGUGCGCAUCAAGUGCAGUUCGCAUGGAAGAACACGGAAAUUUGCGAGAAAGUACAAGGUCCAGUUCUUCUCUUUCACACAGGAAAUCGUAUUUUCGUGGGGAUAAGAAAGAUGCAGAAUACGUUCGAAUCUGUAACCGCAAAAGUCGAAUAAGUGGGCGAUACACAGCAUCUUCUGCGAGCCUUUCUUCUCAGGAGUGCUCAGAAAUGGGUGUAUCAAGUGGCUUGACAGAGAGGAGUCUUCUAGUAUCCAUCAGCACCAUUCAGGGUAAUAUCCGAGUGCGUCUGACAGUGCGGCUUAACGCUGAUAUAUCGAAACAUUUCUCAACAGCCUUGCCCGCUUUUAGCGAGUUUUACCCUCGU